AUGAGAUAUCUGCAAAACAGCGGUCACCGCCGCGGAUUCAGCAAGAGGAGUGCGUGCGUCUACCCCGCCGUGGCCUGUCUCGGAGACUUUGCUGCUGUUGCUGCUGCUAGUCGUAGCGGUAGUACCCAAUUGGGUGGGUGCUGGAGCAGGUCAUUGGUAGAGCAACAUGCGAUCUCUCCCCAUAAGCGAUCGGCUGCUGCAGGUUCGCCUCAUUUCAUUGCCUUGCCUGUCUGCGGUGGCGCUCUCGUACGGGAUGGCCGCUUCACAUGGCUCAAACAGCCUCGAUAUCCCGCCGGAGGCACACGCAAGCACAGGAGACGUAACAGUGCUCCAUCACCAAAGCUAAUCCAGCCCGGCAGUGCUGUCAGCGGCUCAGCUGAGACCCGGCUGGUCGGAAAACUAAGCGCUAGCCAUAGUCAAUCUGCAUACGCAAUUUAUACAGCCGCACCUACAGCUGCUCCGUACAGUUGGAACCUCGAUUGCUCGCAAGAAGGCUCCCAGGACCCAGAGAUCCGGGAAUGCCAGAUGCGAAACGGCAGGGGCCAUGGCAGCGGCAAGACAAAGCGUCAUCGACGAGCUGAGACGUCUCCGGCGCGCCAGCAGUUCAAACUCGUCAAGAGGUCACAAGAUGGCCGCCCCUGGGCGACCUGUAGCGGCCUAGAAGAGGCAAGACAUGUCAAUUUGACUGGGGUGGGAACAUGA